CCUCCCCUCCCUCCCCUCUCGCGAGGCCGGGGCCGGGGCCGGGGCCGUCGCGGGCGGGUGAGGCGCGGCGCGCACCGCGCUGACGGGAGCCGCCAUCGCCUGCCCCAAUUGGCCGCGUGAGGCGAGCGGCGGAGCGGGGAGGGCGAGGGACGGGACGGGACCGGGACCGGGACCGGGCGGGGGGCGUGUGACGGCACAGAGCGAGGGGCGCGGCGGCAUGGCCUCGGGCGGCCCAACGGCCGGCGGCGGAACGGCCGCGGAGGGCUCGGCCGGCGGCGGGUGCGGCGGAGGCGGCGGCGGUGGCGGUGCGGCCGCGCCGGAGCGGGAGCCGGAGCCGGAGCCGGAGCCGGAGCCGGAGCCGGAGCGCUUGGAGGAGGAGGAGGAGGAGGAGGAGGAGGAGGAGGAGGAGAAGUUGCUGCGGCUGGCAGCAAGAUGAAGAGGCGGCGCCACCGUUGGGGCGCCGCGAGGGCCCCCUACCCCCGGUUUAGGCAGUGGAUGAGAGAGAAGACUUCGCCUGUGAGACAGCAAGCAGAACAAUGUGGAAGCUACAGAAAUGUGAGCGGUGUGAAAUGUGAAACUACUAGAAAUGUGACCAGCUACAACUUCGGUACUGCCGCAUCCAAUGGUCUGUCCUCAGGAAUGAGUAGUGGAGGCGGCAAAAUGAGAAGGGAAAGAGGAUUACACUAUUUAUCCAGAUGUGUACAAGAAAAGAUACAGCCAACAAGUAGUGUUAGCAGUCUUGUGUUUGGAUUUUCAUCUCUAACUGUGAAGUCUACGGAGGCAGAAGUGCUAUCUACAUUUCCUCAGAUUGGGUUUACAUUUAGUGUUCCCGUUGUAAAAUCAUCAGAGCUUUCUGGAUCCAGUGAUACGCCCGUGACGUCCUUUCUUACCCUAGAAACUAGCUCAUCCGCAUCCACCAACAAUGAGCAAGAGGACAAACAAGGUUUUGUUGCUGUCCCUUCAGAGUUCCCUUUAAAUAUGGAUGAGGACUAAAGGAAGGAAGCGUCUUAGACAUUCUAAAAAACCCUGCAACAAGGACCCAUUUUCUGACAACUUGCA